UCCAUAUAAAGUUUGUCAUUUGAAUCCAUUUUUUCAUAGUUUACACUUUCCAUUGCCUUGAUUGAAUGUUAAAACUAUGUUCACAAGAAAGAAGGUUUGAUGUUACUUCAUAUUUGAAAGUCACUUGGCACUAGUGACGUCCGAAAACUGCAACUCAACUUUGGAUUUGAUGUUGUCUUCAAAUUGCUUUACUACUCUUACUUAUAGAUGAAAUUAGACAGGCCAACUUUAAGAGCAGAAGAUAUCUUGAAUUCUUGGCCUGAGCUUGAACUUGGGCGUAUCCUGCGUGAUUAUGGGGAGGAAAGUAACUGGCAAUCCCUUCAAAAGAAAAUUGUUAAAGCCCGGGCAAUGGGUGGUUUGCACUCUACCAGAGAGCUUGUCGAACUAAUCCAACGAAUGUGCACCAUGUCAAGAGGUAUGUGUGAACCUUGUACAGACCACUCUAUAAACUACAUGACGGCAAGGCUGGAUUGUAAGACUGCAACAAGGGUGUUUCAGGCCCUCAGGAUUGCAGUUAAUGAUGAACUCCAGACUUUAGAAGACGCACUCUAUUCAUGCUAUGACUGCCUAGGUACAGGUGGCCGUCUUGCUGUAAUCUCGUUCCACAGUUUGGAGGACAGAAUUGUGAAGAGGACCUUCUUGGACCUUAUUCAUGGGGAUGAAGUGGAUGAAACAGAUGAUGAAGAUAGUAGUUUGCGUCCGCCCCUGGAUGAAGAUGACUUAGUACUCAUCGAUAUUGAUGAUGACGGUGAACCAUGGUUUAAACAGAGAGUGCAAGGAAAGAAUGGAACCGUCCUAACGAAAAAACCAAUAACCCCUUCGCAAGAGGAAGAGGAACUAAAUCAGAGGUGCAGAAGUGCAAAGCUUAGAGUUGUCCAGAAGAUCUGAAGAAACUUCGGAGAAUUUUGAAGGAUUGCUGAGGACAUUGACACACAGAUAGUUAAAGCCAGAGAACCUGGGAAUGAGAUUCUCGCAUGUGUAUAUUGGACAAAUGAUCUCAUGAUCACCAGAAAAAUCAUCUCAAGAGGAUGAAGAAACGGCGGCAUUUUUCCUCAACAUGCAAGCUAGAGGCUUUAGGUUUGUCAAAAUCUCGCUGUAUCUCCAAUUUUUUUAACUUCGUCCAUGUAUAUCAGCACAUGUUCUCCGAGACUAUUCCCUUGCAAGAUACAAUAUCUUGUUCGAAUUUUCUUUU